GCGGAGAGUGCGGAACUGAAGCAAAUGGUGAUGAGCCUGCGGGUGUCAGAGCUGCAGGUGCUUCUGGGCUACGCUGGGCGCAACAAGCACGGACGCAAGCAUGAGCUGCUGACCAAGGCGCUACAUCUUCUGAAGGCCGGCUGCAGCCCCGCCGUGCACAUGAAGAUCAAAGAGCUCUACCGACGACGCUUCCCUGCCAAAAUGGUAUCCCACUCAGAGCUGGCCAUGCCCGGGCCACACCACCCAGCCUCAGCUGGAGUGGUCGGAGGAGGGGGCGCCGCGCUGCCCGCUGGCCUGACACAGCUGGCGUAUGAGGGUCACGCCGGUCACGGUGGAGCCCCAUCGCCCGCUGCCUUACUGCCCCUCUCACUGCUCGGCCCUGGGAAGCAUGAGUUAACCGGGCUGACGCACCACCUGUCCAGCUCGGCCACACUGCACCCGGUCCACCCGGAUGUCAAGCUCCAGAGGCUGCCCUUCUAUGACAUGCUGGACGAGCUCAUCAAGCCAACGAGUCUAGCAUCAGACAACAGCCAGAGAUUUCAGGAGACGUGUUUCGCCUUUGCAUUAACGCCACAGCAAGUCCAGCAGAUCAGCAGCUCGAUGGACAUCUCGGGGACCAAAUGUGAUUUCUCAGUUCAAGUUCAGUUGCGGUUUUGCCUGUCGGAGACGAGCUGUCCUCAGGAAGACCAUUUUCCACCCAAUCUGUGUGUGAAAGUCAACGGGAAGCCAUGUAACCUGCCGGGUUAUCUUCCACCUACCAAAAACGGCGUAGAGCCCAAGCGGCCCAGCCGGCCCAUCAACAUUACCUCACUGGUCAGAUUGUCCACCACAGUCCCCAAUACCAUCGUGGUGUCGUGGACCGCUGAGAUUGGAAGGAGUUACUCCAUGGCAGUGUACUUGGUGAAGCAGCAGUCGUCCACAGUGUUGUUACAGAGACUACGGGCAAAAGGCAUCAGAAACCCGGACCACUCCAGAGCACUCAUCAAAGAGAAGCUAACAGCAGACCCAGACAGUGAAAUCGCCACGACCAGCCUUCGAGUGUCACUGCUCUGCCCGCUGGGGAAGAUGCGGCUGAUGAUCCCAUGCCGGGCGCUGACAUGCUCCCACCUGCAGUGCUUUGACGCCACACUGUACAUCCAGAUGAACGAGAAGAAGCCCACCUGGGUGUGUCCUGUCUGUGACAAGAAGGCCCCCUAUGAACACCUCAUCAUUGACGGGCUUUUCGUGGAGAUCCUCAACAGCUGCAUGGACUGUGAUGAGAUCCAGUUCAAGGAGGAUGGCAGCUGGGCCCCCAUGAGGUCUAAGAAGGAAGUGCAGGAGGUCUCGUCUGCUUCCUACAACAACGGGCUGGAUGGUUCAUGUCGGACGUCCGCGGGCUCGGACCAGCGGAGCUCCUCCUCAUCCAGCCACGGUGGCAGCGACAGCACCAAUAGCAAGAAAGUGGAGGUAAUCGACUUGACACUGGACAGCUCCUCAGAAGACGAGGGACAGGAUUCGCCGCCUCCGCCGCCGCCACCACUGCCUCCUCCACCCAAAAGAGCGUGUCCCUCUAUGUCCCCGACCUCGCCGCCCAUCAUCAACAAAGGAGUUUUGAACCUGCACCACCAGGCCUCUCCUGUGAGCCGCACUCCCAGUAUGCCAGCUGUGGACACCAGCUACAUCCCCCCUGUCCCCCCACUCAUCCAGGACUUCAGACCCUACUACCCCACCCCCAACGACCUGUCAGAGCUGAACUUCUUCUCUUUCCUUCAAGGCGACAAUCAUCAGCAUUACAACACCAUGGUGAUGGCAGCAGCAGCCGCCGCUUCAGCCUCAGACGACCACGAGCUGCUUCUCAACCGCUUCCUGCCCUACAGCACCUCCUCCUCCUCUUCCUCCUCCCAGCUGUUCCUCGACCAAUCGGGAGCCUCCUCGGCCACUUCGCUGACUGCGCCGACCAAUGGCGCGAGCAACUCGGGAAGCAGCAGCAGCCUGGUGUCGUCCAGCAGCCUCCGCGACACUCACUCCACACACUCGGGCUCACACUCCUCACACACACACCCCGGGGUGGUUGCCAGCCGGAGCAGCGCCGAAGCAGCAGUGGCAGCUAUUUAUGGCGGGAUACCUGACGUUAUAUCGUUGGACUGACUCGGGGAGAGUCGAGACUACACUUUGGGUCCAACUACGAUCCGGUAACAAACUUU